GAGCUCUGGUAAACCACGGACGUAAGGUGAUCCAGCAUCAUAGCACUUCCAAACAUCUUCUCCAUUCAUCGGCCAACCCCUCUUUCUUCUUCCCCUGGGUCUCGUCUCCCAUCAAAACAAGAUAGAGUUGAGGCGAGAAAAAUAUUUAUUAUCAGUCGACACUGCUCCCGACUGCUGCGACUAUUACCUACCUUAGUUAUUGGGGACAUUAGAGAAAGGGUGUGGAGCAGAAGCCCAGAUCUGAGCUUAACGGACAACUUUUCGACAAAGUUGCCUGUCUCAAAAGCACCCAGUCCGGAAUCAUUGUUUGUUUCCUUAUUUUCAAUUACCCUUCGGGCCACCUAGAACGGCAUGCGUGUCAAUGGGAUAACGGCUUCGGCCGUCAUGAGCUCAGUGCUCCUCGCACUUUCUGGAGCUGAAGCGAUGCUACUGCCUCUCUCCACCAUCAAACUGGGUAGAUCAAUGCCUAUUGAAGAUGUUGCCCUCACCGACGGAGAUAAAAUUGCUGGCCAACUCAUCACUCCUUUCCAUGACGAAGACGAAGACCACCCGAUCAUCCUCAACUUGAAGUGUGAAGACUGUCUUUUUGCAGAGGCCACUGAGGACAAGUCAGGGUAUAAGUGGGCGCAAAAGGCCAAUGAUUUGAUUCUGAAUGUGACUGUUGACCGGAACACUACUCCCGAGACUGUACUUAUCAACGAUGUUCCCGUUUCUCCCAUGAACAUUAGACCACGAGAAUUCUACGUCCGACAAGAUGCCGACGUCGAUGGGAAAUUCCACUCGAGCCGUGACGACUGGUCGUCAAUGAUCAGAGAGGAACUUGACCUCUCGUCACCGGACAUCUCUCCGCCUCUGGACGCCCAUGUCGACAUUGCCUUGUUACAGCGGCCGAAUAACCAUGAUUCGGGAAUCCCAGACCAGAUUGUCAGCAUGUUCGUCAGCGGCAUCAAAGCCAUGGACCCCAUCAAGAACCGUGAUUCGUUUACUCCAGUCGGCCUUCGCUUGAGAAUCUGGCGUGAUCAAGAUUCGCCCAAUAAACACAUCGAGGGUGUUCUCGUCGAAGCUGUCAAGGACCCAUCGCAUAGCCUUUUCCCUACUCACCGUCACCACGGCAGCAUGGCUUGGUCAUCUGGCAAAGACAAGGAUUGCUCUAGCCGUCUGUGCAAGUGGCUUUCCGUGCUAGAGGACGGCCUCUCUCGUGCCAAGGGCAUAGGCAAAGGCAGGGGCAGAGGCAAAGGAUGCCACCGCCAACGUCCUGGUGCUGGCGCUGACAAAUCUCCUGUUCGGCCGCAACAUAUGGGUCCUCAAGAUGAGCAGCGCCCCCAUCCUCCUCCCAACAACCAUCAUAGCAUGCAAGGUCCCGCCGCUGGGCCUCACUAUCAUGGGCAUGGGCAUGGGCAUGGCCAUGGCCACGGACACCGUCACCCCUUCCCCUUCCACCAUGCCGUCAGAUACCUCAUUUACGCCGUUGCCGUUGCAGGUGUUGGAUUCACUGCCGGCUUCAUUGCGUCCAUGUUUAGCGUCGUGGCCAUUGCGCUCUGGCAGCUUAUCCGCCGCGCGCGUUGCAACCGUCGUGGAGCCUAUGCAGCAGUUCAGCAGGACGCCGGCGCAGUUGACAUGGAGAAGGGUCUUGACGUGGAAAACGCGUCUCUCGAUAUGGAGAAGGCUCCCGUCACUGCUUCUCCACCGCCAGCUUACGAGACUGUUCAGGCGCCGGAAGAAGAGAAGAAGCAGGGAGAGAAGAAGCAAGGGGAACACCAGGAGCAGCAGAUGUCAGAAGUUGCCAAGAAGUCUGAUUUCGACAGUAAUUGAUCAUUGCGAUAUUUGGGCACUACCACGCAGAUAAUUGAUACAAUUAUAUCCAGCACACUUUACGGCCACCAUCUGAAGUUCCCCCCAUUUCAUUUUCCUUUUAUAUACUCUAUUUCUUUAAUUGUAAGGGCACUCCUUUGAACAUAUUGAUCCAUAGCGACAUUUCGCAGGGACAUGAGGACUAGCGUAGGGCAUUCGGAUUGUUUUUAGACAUUUUAUCUUAUUUUUCUAUUAUUAACAUGACACUAGAUAAUACUAUGCCUUCUUCAUUCAAAUCUUGUGCAUCCCACCUCUUUCUUCCCAUUCAACAGUCCUCAUUAUCCUCAAUAUGCAUCAUACGGCAGUAGAGUCUUACCAAUCGUCACGUACCUCAAACUCAAAAACUAAAAUGUCCUGAACAUCUUCCCCCGAAAAGCAUAAAUACCGCCAUUG